UAUUUUUGCUAAUUAAAAAUUAAAAUGGGGAUUUUGUUCUUCUUGUGUCUGUUUUUUUCAGCUCUCUUGCAGCUUCCAGGAACAUCUUCAAUUAGAUCAGUUAAUCAAGAGUUGAUUAAGCAACUGAAGCUGCCUCUGUAUCAUCAUGCAUGGCAGACAAGCUUGUCUUCCUUGUCGGAGGCACUUGCUUUAGACGAUGCUCGUGUCAAGUUUCUCAAUUCCAGGCUUACCAAUAAUAAUAACCUAACGGCGUCAGCUCAUUCCGUUAGUACGGAAGUAUUGAUUGACGGAAAAGAAUCCGUCACCGUUCCCCUGAAUCCCGGCCAGUCAAUCGGCGUCGGGAAUUACUACACCAGAAUCGGCGUCGGAACUCCGCCGACGUACCACCUCGUGGUGGUCGACACCGGCAGCUCCUUCUCCUGGAUUCAGUGCGAGCCGUGCGCCGUCUACUGCCACCCGCAGAUCGGGGCCCACUUCAACCCCUCCGCCUCCGUCACGUACCGGCAGCUGCCGUGCGGCGCGGCGCAGUGCGGUUCACUCAAGACCGCCACCCUCAACAAUCCCAUGUGCUCGUCGUCUUCCAACGCCUGCAUCUACACCGCCACCUACGGCGACCAGUCUUUCUCCGUCGGGUACCUGAGCACCGACUCGCUCACGUUCGGGUCGGAUACCCUACCCGGAUUCGUAUUCGGGUGCGGGCAGGACAACGACGGCCUGUUCGGAAAGUCAGCCGGGCUUGUCGGACUUGCGAAAAACGAGCUCUCCAUGCUGUCUCAGCUGUCGGCGAAGUACGGCAAGGCCUUCUCCUACUGCCUCCCGACGGCAUCUCUGUUGAGCUCAAAACCCGGCGGCGGAGGGUUUUUGUCCGUCGGGGUUAGCUCGAAUUCCAAUUACAAGUUCACUCCCAUGUUGUCCGAUUCUCGUGAUCCCACGUUGUACUUUCUUAAAAUGUCGGCGAUUUCAGUUUCCGGCGAGACUUUGAACGUGGCAGCAGCCGAUUACAGCACCGUUCCGACGAUCAUAGACUCCGGCACCACCAUAUCGCGGUUGGCAUCGCCGGUGUACUCAGCCCUAAGAGAGAAGCUGGUAAAGAUCAUAUCCGCCAAGUUUAAAACGGCGGAGGCUUUUUCGAUACUCGACGCAUGUUUUACCGGGAGCUCCGAUGAGAUCUCCGGCGUGGUGCCGCCGGUUAAGUUGAUAUUUGAAGGAGGAGGUGAACUUGACCUGAAACCUCAAAACGUUGUAAUAGAAGUGGAGAAGGGGACCAGUUGCUUGUCCUUUGCCGGAAACUCGAAUCUUCGCGAUAUCGCCAUCAUCGGAAACCAGCAGCAGCAGACUUUCGACGUUUUCUAUGAUGUUGCCGGUUCCCGAAUCGGGUUCGCUGCUGGCGGCUGUCGGUAGUUAAGACGGUUGGGUUCAUCGGCGGUGAGUGGUUUCCGGUAAUUAAGUGGGUAAAUUAUGGGUUUGUUAUUAAUUAUUAUGUGGAUAAUUUAUUGUUGGAUUAAUUAUUGUACGACGUCGUUGUAUGAAGAUGAUUUAUGUGUAAAAUGUAGAUACGUAUAUAUACGGUACAUGAGUAUAUCACAAAGUCAAUAUACGAAUUUGUAUACAUAUUGUGGUAAAAAAAAAAAAAAAACCCAUUUCUUUGUUUAUUGGGAUUUCUACACUAGAAUUGGGCUCAUAUGAAAUAUAUUUUAUUAGUUGUUACUUAUUAUUUAAUUUUGUAUUGAAUAAUAUUAUGGAAGUAUUUUGAUCAA